UUAUUCUGAUUGGGUUCUGUGAUUGACUCAUCGCGUCAUUGAUCUAUCGAUUCCAUUCAGCAAUUACUCACAAACAAUGCAUCCACUGCAACUUCCGGCGCCGGCGCCGCCGAAUUCCGACGGUGACGGUGCCGGAGACACUUCUGCUUCUGCAACUGCUCCUUCUUCUUCUCUCAUCAGAACUUAUCGAAUCUGGAAAGGCAGUAAUGAGUUUUUUUGCUGCGGGAGGUUUAUAUUUGGACCAGAUAUAAAGUCUAUAUUUCUGACAAUAUUUCUUAUUGUGGCCCCUGUUGCUGUAUUCUGUGCUUUUGUAGCUAGAAAAUUGUUGGACGAUUUUUCUCAUCACUCAGGAUAUUCAAUAAUGAUCAUAGUUAUUAUUCACACCAUUUUUGUUUUGACCGCCCUUCUACUGACCUCAGGAAGGGAUCCUGGCAUAGUGCCUCGAAAUACUCGUCCUCCAGAACCAGAUGUUCAUGAUUGGAGUGCCAAUGUCAACAAUGAACAGAAUCAAAGGCUAAGUUUGCCUCGAACAAAGGAUGUGAUCAUCAAUGGUAUAUCCGUGAAAGUAAAAUAUUGUGAUACCUGCAUGCUCUAUAGACCUCCCCGUUGUUCUCAUUGUUCAGUAUGCGAUAACUGUGUUGAGCGAUUUGAUCAUCACUGCCCAUGGGUGGGUCAGUGUAUUGGAUUGCGAAAUUAUAGGUUCUACUACAUGUUUGUCUUCUCUGCAACGCUUCUUUGCUUAUACAUACAUGCAUUUAGCUGGGUCUAUAUUAUAAGGAUCAAGGAUUCUGAGGAGAUAUCAAUCUGGAAAGCAAUGAUCAAAACUCCUGCUUCAAUUGCGCUAAUUGUCUACUCUUUCAUCUCUGUCUGGUUUGUUGGCGGGCUCACUGUUUUACAUACAUAUCUCAUCAGCACAAACCAGUCUACUUAUGAAAAUUUCAGAUACCGAUAUGACCGACAACUAGUCAAUCCGUACAAUAAAGGGAUAGCCAAGAACUUCAAAGAAGUGUUCUGCACUAUAAUUCCUCCGUCCAAGAACAAAUUCAGAGCUAAGGUUGCAAUUCCGAAUGAUCCAUCAGGUUCAUCUCAAAGAAGGGGUGUCGAUUACCAGGGUCCUCUUAUGAGAAAACCACCGGGCGACUUAGAAUUAGGAAGGUCAUGGCCGGUUUACAAUGACUCAGAAGAGGGUGGAAGUGAUUCUAAAGAUGAACUUACUAAUGACAAGGGUAGUGGAUUAACCGAUGUGUCUGUGGAUUUGAGCAAGAUAUUUCAAACAGAAAGCGGCGAGAGACAAGUUGCUUCGAUUCUAAGGCACUCUUUGUGGGACAGAAGCAGCAGAAAGUGGGACAUGAAUCCAGAAUUUCUCGACGAAAUCCAUGAAGUUGGCGAAUCAAAACGCAUCGCGAGUGAUUUUACUGAAGAGCCUAGUGGCAAUGGCAAAACAGAAUGUGGCUCCACAAUGUCAGAGAAUUACAAAGACAUAGAAUCAAAAGGAGAAAAGAGUUGAAGAGAAAGUGUGGAAAUUUCUUUGGUUAAUUUUAUAUGUUGCUUGUGUGUUCGGUUCUGUUCAUCUUAGUGUAGCAUUCGUGUUGCUGAUUGAAUUGUUUAUUGAAGAGCAACAUGAUGGCCAUCACUGUUUCAAUUUUUUACCCUUCUUUUUCUAAUUUACAAUGUAAUGGAAUCAUAUGUUAUAUGUAAAUUUUAUUAAAAGAUUACAUAAUACAACACAAACAGACAAAUUUUGCA